UUUUACGCCAUCCUUGCGUUCAUGAUAUGAUUGAAAUCCAUAGAGAGAGUUGAAAUCUGUUGUUAUUCAGAUCGUUUUCACCCUUUUUAAUUUCUAUUGGCAUAAUAAUAAAAACAAACAGAGAAAAGUUGAGAAUAUCAAACCAAAAUGAUGUCAAACAUCGACUGCCGAGGCGUUAAACGCGGAAGCUGCUCUUGUGGCGAAUGCGAUGAAUAUGUCUUACAAGCGGGUGUUGCUUCUACAAUGACUUGUGCCUAUUGUGGUUGCUACCCAACAAAGCACAGAAAAUUAGAAGAUCAGAACACUUCCAAUGAUAAUUCUCGUUCAAAUUUGGACAUCUCUGCCAAAGAUAUUCGACAGGCGGAAGUGGAAAUAAUUUUUUUCGAAGAUUCAAAAGAAGGAGAAGAAAGAACUAAUGAAAAAAAAGAUGAGAGCACAGCAGCUGAUACUCAAAAUGAAUAUCAAUCAAACUCGUCAAUAAAAUCCGAAGAAGAAUAUUAUGAGAACGAUCAUUCCAGUUUUCCAGAAGAAAUCCCACGUCAAAUGAUAAGCAUUGAGGAUAUAAUUCCUUACAAUUUGAAUGACGAUUAUCAUGAUGACAUAAUGGGAGAAGCAUUCCAAAGCAGAGAAAUCGAAAAGGUUAAAUAUUGUAGAAUUGUUAGACUAAUCGCUAACAAAUUAAUUGAUGCUAGAAGAACCACUUCAUGUGACAUUCUACAAGCAGCAAUUAUCGCAAGCAAUAGAUUUCCGGGCCUUCAAGGAAAAAACGGAAUACCUCACAGAAGAUUAGAAAUGCGCUUAAAAAAUUUUUUUAAGAAUAAGAGGAGACGAACAAAAUCAGGAACUAAUGUAAAUGAGGGUAAAAAUAUGAAUGAAGAUUCGAGCGACUUUGAGGAGCAAACUUUAGAAAUGAUUUUGGAGAUAUUAGCUAAAGAAUCCGGAAAAACUCCUAUUGAUGUCAGUAAAAUGAAGAAGUUACUUGAAAAAACUCGAAAACAAAGAGCGCGUGAGGCCAAAGCUGAAACGGUAAAGCAAAUGCUGAAAAAGUAUCCAAUUCUAAUGGAAACUGAAAUUCUUCUUUGGGAAUUCGGCCAAAUAGUCAACUUGUCAGAAACUUUAAUGAAACAAAAUUUAGUAAAUGCUCUGCCAAAAUUGUUAGCAAUCCUUCCAAAAGAUAAUGACGAUUCUAGUAACGGUAUCAAGUUUUUGAAAAAAAUUGAUUGCUUCUUUGCAGCUGGGAAAAAAAAAUCUACCCGGAGGAAAAUCGUUGAAAUCCUUAAGGAAUCUGAUAAGCAGAGUAUUUCCGCUGAUCCAAAAACAAGUAAAGCUCCUUACAUUGUCAUCUUCGAGGACAAUACUGAGACUAUAAGAUGUUAUGUCGAUGAUGAGCCUCUUUUUGUCGAGAAACCUACAGAUAUUAUUCUAUUACUAUUAGCAACAUACUGGGUUUUCAAUAUAGAGUUCGACAAAGAUUUUCGUCACCAGUUAAUAUUGUUAUGCGUAAUUGUUUUUGGCAAACAUGCGCAACGCAUUCUGGGAGUACAGGGAAUCGAAUCCAUAACCGUAAACAAUAUUUUAACAAAAGCUGGCUUAUAAAAAGACUACUACUGUAUUUUCAUGCUUUUCUUACCGAAUAUUUUCAUAUUUUUUACAAGUUUAGAACUUAGAAGUUUUAACAGAAAAUAAAGACAAAAUCUCUUUAUGUUUCAUGACUUUUUUUAUUUUAAGUUGACAAAGUUUUGUGUUGCUUUAAAAAUAUGAUUUAAAAAUUUUUCAAAAAUAUGUAUCUUCUUGAAUAGUGUACAAUAUUAUGUUAUUGUAUAAGAGAAUUGAAAUUUUGUUUACCAAAAAUGUGUCUUCAAUAUCCAGCAUCAUAUAUGUCAUAAUAAACAGUAUUAUUAUUUUUUAAAAAUAAAAUUUGUGUAAAAUGUGA